AUGCCGUACGCAGUAUACACACCGGUAUACUCAAGAAAAGGAUCAAGUACACAGCGGAACGCAACCAGAUCCAGGAUCCCUGAUUCUGCUUGCUUCCAUAAGAAGCUGCAGGAUAUCACACCAACAGCCUCAAAGCUGCUGCCCAGGCGCCACUGGCUCGUCCUCCUGGGUUUUGCCGGGGGCCUUGCCGGCCGACCCGGUGACCGUCGGGCAUGUCGCGCGGAGAGUGCGCUGACGGAGGAGCAGAAGCUGGCCAUCCUGAAGGAGGUGCAGAGUAUGGGCGACAUUGCAGUGAGUGCCCCCACGGUGGAAGAGGAAGAGGCUGCUUGGACCAGGAUGCUGGACCGCUUCGCGGGCCUCCCAGAUAUCGAGGUACGAGUGCGCUGUAACCGGGGCAACUCCUUGGCUCGGCAAGGGAAGCUGCAAGAAGCGCUGGCAGACUACAAUCGUGCCAUUGAGCUGGUGCCCAAUGCCCCGGAUCCGCACUUGAACCGCGGAGCGGUCUAUGAAUCCCUGGGGCGUUUGGAAGAUGCACUCAAGGACUAUGACGUCGUUUUGCAAGAUGAUCCAGGGGACCCUGCUGCGUGGAACAACCGUGGCAAUGCACUGCUCGGGCUUCAACGCUUUGAAGAAGCCAAGGACUCCUUUCAGCAAGCCUUGGAUAUCUCAGGGUCUCAGCAGUUCGCCUUCGCGGGGGUCAACCUGGCUAUUGCGCAGUAUGAGCUGAAGGAGGAUGCCCAGGCGGUGCAGACGCUGAGGAAGCUCCUUGCACGCUAUGCAGAAGCCUUCCCCGACGCGCGGGCGGCCUAUGCUUUGGUCCUGUGGGAUCAGGGGGAACGUGUUGAAGCAGAGUCCCAAUGGGACCGGGCGACCAGCGUGGACCCCCGCUAUCGCCAAGCGCAGUGGGUCUCCGAGUUCCGCCGUUGGCCACCUCGCCUGAUGUCGGUGUUCCGACGCUUCUCAGAGACCACCAGUGUCAAGGCAGACUUGGCGCUGUCUUUCAAGCGGAGAGAUGACCCGUGGAUUAGCCUGAUCCACACGCUUUGGGAUUGGAGGUGUCAAGGACUGAGGGAGAUCAUCAUUACAGAGCUCCUGGGACGAAGUGGUUGGGUCCACGUGGCGGACCUCACUGAGGGCAUGCGACAAGGUCCCAUCUCCCAUGCCAUUCGCAAGGAGAAGAAGAACCUGAGACCCAUGCCGCCGCUGAUGACCUUACAUGACAUGAAGAGCCCUAGCAUGCUCAACCGGCGUUCCACGCUGCCAGCGCUGCUGGAUGUGAACAGUGAAGCCUUGAUGCUCUCACGACAGCUGCACUUGGACUUUCACGAAGUGAAGUUUGUUGUCCAGGAGUUGCGGCGCGACGGCCGGCGGCUCUCCAACGGCGGGAUGGACCUGGGAACCUUUCGUCAGAUCCUGCUACGUGUCUUUGGGUUGGAUGACAUCAAGGAGCAUGUGGUGCAGAAUGCAUAUGGGGAGUGUUUGGCAGCAGAAGGCCCGAUCGACACUCGAAAGUUUAUGAUUUGGUACCGGGACCACAUUUUCAACAUCGAGGCCACGAAGUCACAAGCGGAACAGGGAGAUGGUCUUACCCUGGAGCUGGCAAAGAAGCAUAAUUGCUCGUGCAUUGAGUUGGACAAGGUGAAGCUCCAGUUCGAUCACUUCGAUUUGGACAAGUCGGGCGUUUGCUUGGCUGCAAUUGGGAGGGGGGGCACCGGGAGAGGCAAGUCGGACUUGCCCCGGAACCGCUUGCUGCGGUUCUGGCAUGAAGCAGACCUUGAUCAGAAUGGAGUCAUUGACUUUCAGGAGUUUACUGAGUGGUACAUGAAAUAUUUCGGCAGUGCCUCGCCCGGCGGCAUCGUCGAAGCCUUCUACAAGUCCUUCAUGCCCGAUGUUCAACGCACACACCACCUGGAGAACCUGAUCGAGUCUGAGGCCAUGGCUGUGGUGCAUCAGUCAAUUGGCCCUAAAACUGUAUGCCCCCAGGACCUACUUGGAGCCCAAUCGUUAGCAUGCCAUGUUUGCCUUUGCAGUUUCCAGAAGGGUGUGCCAAUUGGACUAAUUUUGAGGAAGACGACAUUCGGAGUCCCGGUGCAAAUGGAUGCAAAUGGUCUUUGGGAGGUGAUUCAAGCAACCGCAGUGUUGAAUUAUAUACACAGUUUCCGUUGCUUGCCAGAGCUUGUGGAAGGAACGAGGCUUCUAUCAGCAGUUGCUAUAGGUGUAAGGCCACCAAACAUCCUUAGAACCUCUCAAAGCUUGGUGGGGAGGAUCCUGUUCAGGUCAUUUUGGGAGAUUUGA